AUGGCUCACCGAAAUCUAAAACAGGUCAACAUUCAAAACAACGCACCGUCGCCGAAACCUCAGCAGCAGCAGCAGCAGCAGCACACAAAGCGCAACAUGGACUCUCCAGCCAUGGAGCGAAGGCCGAAUGCUGCGGAAGGGAAAAUCCCACCACCAAAGCCGUCGACGGCUACCAGCCCUCCCGCAGAGGGGGAGGGCGUAGCCGGAGAGUCGCUGGAGAUGACGCUGGAUAUAAAGAGUUUCAGGAGACCCGGGGAGAAAACCUUCACGCAGCGAUGUCGGUUGUUCAUCGGUAACCUCCCGACAGACCUCACGGAGGAUGAUUUCAAAAAGCUGUUUUCCAAGUAUGGCGAGGCUAACGAGGUGUUUAUCAACCGAGACCGAGGAUUUGGCUUCAUUCGACUGGUAAGACUUGAGUUUUAGAGUAAUCAGUAAUAUCGAACUCCGUGGUAAAGGAAAUUCAUUUUGAAUGCUGGAAUUUAGUCCGCUAUAAUAUCAAUAGCCUCUGUUUCCCUCUAGUUAGUUAGGUAUUAUUUAUUACUCAGGCGGAUGGGUCUGCCUUACCAGUUGUUACGCCUACACUCCCACCCGAAACCAUUGAUUUCUUGAUGCAUUGGGUCCCUUUGAAACAUGUUUGAAUAGAUUUUUGGGAAACAAUAUAUAAGUGACAAUGCUCAUAAAUCAAUUGAGUGCUUAAAAAACGUUUGAAAGUUUUCUAUCAAUAUCACCUAACCUGUGACCUUGUCUUUUAGGAAACCAGGACGCUGGCGGAGAUCGCCAAGGCAGAGCUGGACGGCACAGUGCUGGGGAACCGACCUAUCCGGAUCCGCUUCGCCACGCACGGCUCUGCCCUCACGGUGCGGAACCUUUCCCCUGUGGUCUCCAACGAGCUCCUUGAGCAGGCCUUCUCCGAGUUCGGCCCUGUGGAGAGGGCUAUCGUUGUGGUGGACGACCGCGGAAGGCCUACAGGGAAGGGCAUCGUGGAGUUUGCCAACAAACCUUCUGCUCGUAAAGCCCUGGACCGCUGUUCUGACGGGGCGCUGCUGCUCACCACGUAAGACAACCAACCGCUGCAUUUACUCAGAGUUACCAGUUUUUAACCAAAUGACCCAAACGUGCCAAAUCAAUUACAAGCUGUGUGAGUGGUAACUCCCAUCUCACGUGUUGUCUCCAGGUCUCCACGGCCGGCCAUAGUGGAACCCACAGAGCAGCUGGAUGAAGAGGAUGGACUCCCAGAGAAGUUGCUGGUGAAAUCUGUACCCUACCACAAGUAUGUUAUACACAUGAUCUCAUAUUGGGAGUAUUACUCUCUAUACCAGCGUCUUGACAACAGGAGAUCUAUAUCAUAACCAUUAGAUGCCGUUCCCCUCACUGCUCCAUAGGCAAGCACCAUGGUCUUGUAGCGGAUGCGAGCUUCAACUGGAAGCCAGUGGAGUGUGCGGAGGAGGGGGGUGACGUGAGAGAACUUGGGAAGGUUGAACACCAGACGGGCUGCGGCAUUCUGGAUGAGUUGUAGGGGUUUAAUGGCACAGGCAGGGAGCCCAGCCAACAGCGAGUUGCAGUAGUCCAGACGGGAGAUGACAAGUGCCUGGACCAGGACCUGCGCCGCUUCCUGUGUAAGGCAGGGUCGCACUCUCCGAAUGUUGUAGAGCAUGAACCUGCAGGAGCGGGUCACCGCCUUGAUGUUGGCGGAGAACGACAGGGUGUUGUCCAGGGUCACGCCUAGGCUCUUCGCACUCUGGGAGGAGGACACAGCGGAGUUGUCAACCGUGAUGGCGAGAUCAUGGAACGGGCAGUCCUUCCCCGGGAGGAAGAGCAGCUCCGUCUUGCCAGGGUUCAGCUUGAGGUGGUGAUCCGUCAUCCAUACUGAUAUGUCUGCCAGACAUGCAGAGAUGCGAUUCGCCACCUGGUUAUCAGAAGGGGGAAAGGAGAAGAUUAGUUGUGUAUCGUCAGCGUAGCAAUGAUAGGAGAGACCAUGUGAGGAUAUGACAGAGCCAAGUGACUUGGUGUAUAGGGAGAAAAGGAGAGGGCCCAGAACCGAUCCCUGGGGGACACCAGUGGUGAGAGCACGUGGUGCGGAGACAGCUUCCCGCCACGCCACUUGGUAGGAGCGACCGGUCAGGUAGGACGCAAUCCAGGAGUGAGCCGCGCCGGAGAUGCCCAUCUCGGAGAGGGUGGAGAGGAGGAUCUGAUGGUUCACAGUAUCAAAGGCAGCAGACAGGUCUAGAAGGACAAGAGCAGAGGAGAGAGAGUUAGCUUUAGCAGUGCGGAGAGUCUCCGUGACACAGAGAAGAGCAGUCUCAGUUGAAUGACCAGUCCUGAAACCUGAUUGGUUUGGAUCAAGAAGGUCAUUCUGAGAGAGAUAGCAAGAGAGUUGGCUAAAGACGGCACGCUCAAUAGUUUUGGAAAGAAAAGAAAGAAGGGAUACUGGUCUGUAGUUGUUGACAUCAGUGGGGUCGAGUGUUGGUUUUUUGAGGAGGGGAGCAACUCUCGCUCUCUUGAAGACGGAAGGGACAUGGCCAGCGGUCAAGGAUGAGUUGAUCAGCGAGGUGAGGUAGGGGAGAAGGUCACCGGAGAUGGUCUGGAGAAGGGAGGAGGGGAUGGGGUCAAGCGGGCAGGUUGUUGGGCGGCCUGUAGUCACAAGUCGCAGGAUUUUAUCUGGAGAGAGAGGGGAGAAAGAAGUCAAAGCAUAGGGUAGGGCAGUGUGAGCAGGACCAGCAGUGUUAUUAGACUUAACAAACGAGGAUCGGAUGUCGUCAACCUUCUUUUCAAAGUGGUUGACGAAGUCAUCCACAGAGAGAGAGGAGGGGGGGGGGGGGGGGGGGAGGAUUCAGGGGGGGGGAAAAUGUGGCAAAGAGCUUCCUAGGGUUAGAGGCAGAUGCUUGGAAUUUAGAGUGGUAGAAGGUGGCCUUAGCAGCAGAAACAGAUGAAGAAAAUGUAGAGAGGAGGGAGUGAAAAGAUGCCAGGUCGGCAGGGAAUUUAGUUUUCUUCCAUUUCCUCUCCGCUGCCCGGAGCUCUGUUCUGUGAGCUCGCAGUGAGUCAUCAAGCCACGGAGCUGGGGGGGAGGACCGAGCCGGCCGGGAGGAUAGGGGACACAGAGAGUCAAAGGAUGCAGAAAGGGAGGAGAGGAGGGUUGAGGAGGCAGAAUCAGGAGAUUGGAGGGAGAAGGAUUGAGCAGAGGGAAGAGAUGAUAGGAUGGAAGAGGAGAGAGUAGUGGGAGAGAGAGAGCGAAGGUUGCGGCGGCGCAUUACCAUCUGUGUAGGGGCAGAGUGAGUAGUGUGGGAGGAGAGCGAGAGAGAAAAGGAAACAACGUAGUGGUCGGAGACUUGGAGGGGAGUUGCAGUGAGAUUAGUAGAGGAGCAGCAUCUAGCCAGUAUGUAUGUGUUGAUUUAUUCACUUGCCCGUCGGUGUGUGUGCACUGUUCCACUUUCCCCAUUGUCCACUUGCAGGCCUUAGUCUAGCCACUAACCCCUCUCCUCCCUGUCUCUCCAGGGAGAGGGAGCACCCCCCACGGUUUGCCCAGCCGGGGACGUUUGAGUUUGAGUACUCGUCCCGCUGGAAGGCCCUGGACGAGAUGGAGAAGCAGCAGAGAGACCAGGUGGAGCGCAACAUCAGAGAGGCCAAGGAGAAGCUGGAGCAAGAGAUGGAGGCCGCCAAGCACGAGCACCAGCUCAUGAUGAUGAGACAAGGUACACACCGCACACUGAGGAAGACACUCACUUCUCAAGGACAACAUUAACAUGUAACCUUUUCUGUCAUGUGCAUAUUCAGAAUUAGCAGACAUACCCAUAGGCCAACUUCAAGUGGUGUCAGAAACUGUCACGUGUGAAUACAAAAAAAACAUGAAUAACAAGCCAACCCCUUUCUCUCAGACCUUAUGUAAUACCAAACAACCCAUAUUUCUCUCUGUAGUCUUCUCUUUCUCAGACCUGAUGUAGUACCAAACAACCCAUAUUUCUCUGUCUUCUCUUUCUCAGACCUGAUGUAAUACUAAACAACCCAUAUUUCUCUGUAGUCUUCUCUUUCUCAGACCUGAUGUAAUACCAAACAACCCAUAUUUCUCUGUAGUCUUCUCUUUCUCAGACCUGAUGUAGUACCAAACAACCCAUAUUUCUCUCUGUAGUCUUCUCUUUCUCAGACUUGAUGUAAUACCAAACAACCCAUAUUUCUCUCCGUCUUGUCUUUCUCAGACCUGAUGUAGUACCAAACAACCCAUAUUUCUCUCUGUCUUCUCUUUCUCAGACCUGAUGUAGUACCAAACAACCCAUAUUUCUCUCUGUCUUCUCUUUCUCAGACCUGAUGUAAUACCAAACAACCCAUAUUUCUCUCUGUAGUCUUCUCUUUCUCAGACCUGAUGUAAUACCAAACAACCCAUAUUUCUCUCUGUCUUCUCUUUCUCAGACCUGAUGUAGUACCAAACAACCCAUAUUUCUCUCUGUCUUGUCUUUCUCAGACCUGAUGUAAUACCAAACAACCCAUAUUUCUCUCUGUCUUGUCUUUCUCAGACCUGAUGAGGCGUCAAGAGGAGCUGAGACGUCUGGAGGAGCUACGCAACCAGGAGCUGCAGAAACGCAAGAAUAUAGAGAUGAGGUACGUGUGUCUGUGUACCUCCCACUCUAUUCUCUACUCCAGUCAUGGAGAGUCAGAAGUGUGUGUGUGUGUGUUAAACCUUCUCUCCGGUUCGUAGACAUGAGGAGAGGCGUAGGCAGGAGGAGGAGAUGAUGCAGCGCCAUCGAGAGCAGGACGAGAUGAGGCGCCAACCAGACGGCUUCAAGCCAAACUAUGUGGACAGC